UUGCUCGGCGAACUUGUGCCGACCCAAGAUGAGAACGCAAGGCCUAGUUCUUCUCAUGGCGGCGUCCCUGUUUUCUGCGGCUGCCUAUGACGUGGACGAAAUCCUCAAGAACUCCGCCAUGGAGAAUGAGCAGUUGUUCGAGGGAGACAUUUUGUCCCUCGGGAAGAACGCUAUGACGGCGAGCUGGAAGAGGUGGCCGAACGGUGUGGUGCCGUACGUGAUCGAUGCGACGGCUGAGGCGGAUUCCAAAAUCCUUCGCCAAGCCAUGGAAGACUAUCACGAGAACACUUGCAUCCGUUUCGUUCCGCGCACCAAUGAGAACGAUUACAUCCGAAUUUUCAAAGGUCAAGGCUGUUACUCCAUGGUGGGCAGACAAGGAGGACAGCAGCCGGUUUCAAUAGGCAGAGGAUGCGCAUACGUCGGGACGAUCAUCCACGAGUACGGACACGCCAUCGGGUUCUACCACGAGCAUACGAGGUCUGACCGAGAUGAGCAUAUCGAUAUUUUCCUUCAGAACGUCGACCCAACAUAUCAUUCGCAAUUCACCAAGCUCAGAUCCUGGCAAAACAGACUAUACAACAAUUUCGAUUACGACUCGGUCAUGCUAUACGGAUCGAAGAGCUUCUCCCGCGUUCGAGGAAAGCCGUCCAUGUCGAAGAAGAACGGAGAAGCGAUCGAAGAGGUCUACAAUCGGAAGGGAAUGAGUCAGUCCGACAUCGAGCGCGUUAACAAGCUCUACGGCUGCUCACCGAAAAAAAACAAGAGCGAAAGCAAGAAGAUGCGAUAG